AUGACGGCAGUUCAAGCACCGCACGACACGGCGGCGGCAAUGGAAGACAUCCACGGCGUCGACGUAUCGUGGCUGCAUCAUUCUACUAGAGAUCACCACCAUCGCCAGCAGGCGCCCUCUUCGCCCGGCCUGACGAGGGACGCGCCCCCAAAGACGUCGUCGCAUGGCGGCCUCCCCGCCCAGCCCCACCACGACGAGCGCGAGCAGCAGAACCACCAUGACGCUGUUCCCACCACCAAGCCCGCGCCCUUGACGGUGCCAGCGCCCCAGAAACCCGCCGCGCAAAACUCGCAACCAAGUCCGACGACGACGCCGCCCCAGAAGAUACCCCCCAAGCGACCGACCCUGCUUAGCCGAGGCAGCGCGGAGAAGCCGGGCAGCUUGACACCACCAGACUCCAAGGGCAGGAUCCGCAGCACGUCGUGGAUAUCCAGCAUCAGCUCCAAGUUCUCGUCGCAGAACCCGCCGGCCCAGACAACCCAUGCCCAGGCCCAAGGCUCGCCCGCGCCCGCGAAUGGCACCAAUGGAAUCUCGCCUUCCGCCAACGGGGCGCUGAACGGCAUCCAAGCAGCGUCGACUGGUGGCCAAAAUGGCCUUGAGCCGUACGUGCCUCAGCCGCCCAAGGCCUCGUUCCUGUCGAGUGCGUUGCGACGGCUGUCAUCGGGUACUCAGGUCGGUACGGCUGGCAAAGUGUACCCCAACGGUGGCAUGUGCCCUAGGAAGGUCAUGAACGUCGAUCCGAACCGCAACCGCUGCCUGGUGCCCGAGCUGGAUACGAGCAAACUGCGCAAGGUCGCUUUCUGCGUAGAUGUCGAAAUUGCCGGAGGGCCGAGGUACAAAGACGAUGUGGAUGUGGACGACAGGAACAAGAAGCGCAAAGAGAAGAAACUCAAGGAGCGCGGCGAAGGCGAGGCGCUCAAGCAUCCAGCAGCCGUGGUCGAAGAGAAGGAGAAGGACGGUGUAGUCGCCGUUGCGCAGGAGAGUCUUGGCAACGAGAGCGAUCCGAACCCAGAGGGCACGGUGCCGGACGAGGAAAAGAAGGAGAACAGCCACAAAAAGGAGAAGAAGAAGCGAUCUGAGGCGGAACGCAAGGAGAGGAAGGAGAAGAAGCGCCGCAAAGCCGAGGAGAACGGCUCAAUACCAAUCGAGUUCACUAGAGAAAGCGACCAUGGCAGUGUCGAGGGUGUACCUGCCACAACUGCAGUGACACCGCCCAAGUCCCAGGACCGUCCAACGAUAGAUCCCCUGCGCAUUUACCGGAGAUGCUGCCAAUUGCGCGAAUCGCCCAUUUUGAAACGUGUGGUCACCAGCCUCGAUCUUACGGGCUCGCGCUUGCAGCUCGCUGAUGUUUUGACGCUAUCCGACUGGCUUGCCAUUGUGCCCGUAAAGAAGCUUUUCCUCGAAGACGCGGAUCUUAACGAUGAGAAGGUUAGGGUCAUCUUGGCUGGGUUACUGGCUGCGAAAUUACCAGACGGUCCCAGACGGUCGACAUCUACGCCGGUACAGAACGGAUCUAAUCAAGCAACAGGCGACCACGGCUGCGCUAUCAAGAAGCUUGUUCUCAAGAACAACCCCAAGAUCACUGCCGAAGGCUGGAAGCAUAUAGCACUGUUUAUCUACAUGUGUAAAUCCAUCGUUGCUAUCGACGUUUCGAUGAUACCGUUCCCACGCCCCCGCGCCCAGGUUUCGUCGCCAGUAACAGAAACACCACAAGGCACCGUGCCCACGAACGAAGCACGGUCUAGAGACGUCGCGGAAAUCAUGUCCAAGGCUAUUGCUGAGCGCCUGGGAGGUUCUACACUACAAGAACUUGUGCUGGGCGAAUGCUCAUUGACCUCGUCAAGCAUCAGAAAAAUCAUCGACGGCCUGUAUCAUCAGUGUGUCCAGCGACUGGGACUCGCUACAAAUGAUAUCGACAGCCAAGGGUUGGAACACGUUCUCCACUACAUCCGCUCUGGGGUCUGCCAGGGAAUUGACCUUGGUGGCAAUGAUGUCUGCGGGAGUUGGAUACCUCAACUUUGCGAAGGCCUUGGCAAACACGUUCCCACUUGGGCGUUGUGUCUACAAGAUACCGGGCUUACGCCAGAGUCGCUGAAGAUGUUGUUUCCAGCGUUGAUUACCAUGCCCAGCUUCCGAUUCCUCGAUUUAUCCCACAACAAGGGCCUAUUCUCACAUAGCUCCUCGUUGUGUCUGAUCAGAAAGUACAUGCCCAUGUUCAAAGAGCUAAAGCGUAUACAUCUGGCGGAUGUAGAUCUGAAACCCGAGGAUGCCAUUGCAAUUGCAGAGAUCCUGCCAGAUUGCCCUCAAAUUGCGCACAUCAACGUCCUCGAAAAUCCAGAGUUGACAAGAGUCGCCAACGCCACGGACGAAGAAACACAGGAGGAGGCAGCGGCACUUUACGCAUCGCUCACACUAGCCGCGAAGCUGUCUCGCUCUCUGAUAUGUGUGGACAUUGAUGUGCCGUCCCCAGAAUCGAACGAGAUUGUCAGAGCACUUGCUAAGCAAGUCGUCGCAUACUGUCUACGUAACAUUGAGUCAAUCAACGAAGUUCCAGAGCUCAACGCGGCUCCUAAGCCCGUCGAGUUGCCUCAAAUUCUCAUGCAGCUUGUCGGGAACGAUGACACGAACUACGAGCCGGAAAGUAUGUCUUCCGCGCCGGACAAUGAUUAUAUUGUUGGUGGUACUGGCAUCGCCAAAGCCCUGAGCUAUUGUCUGUCUCACAAAGCAACCGACUUGGGUAUAGUAUCCCUGCCUGCUAGUGGAGCCAACACCCCCACAAGAAGCCGAGCCGACUACUUCGAAGAACCGGGCAAGGCAAGGGCAAUGUCCAAAAACCUGCUCGAGACAGCACGCAACACUCGGGCAAGGAUUCAGCCAGCAUUAAUCAGGGAAGCUAAGAGUGGUAGUGAUAUGGGAUAUCGUAAGGCUUCUAGUAGAACUGGUCCUGCGGACUUCUUUGCUAACGCAGCCACAGGCCGCCUGCUUUUCCUCGAUCAGACUCUUCAAGGCAUGAUUCAGCGCUUCGAGGACGAAUAUCCCGAAACACGCCUGCAGCCUUCUGAUACUCACUCCAUUAAUAGCUCCUCGGGCUCCAUGCCGAGCAACUCACCUCCCAUCUCCAAGGUCCCAACUCUCGACAAUAGCAUCACAGACAUCGCCAACCAAGACUCCGACGAGGAAGAAGGUCUUACUCUACGGUCAAGGCACAACUCCGACGUAUCUCUUGCUUCACGCCACAUGUCUCAGGAAGAAGGCCGACUUCAUCGCUUUGGACACCGCGUCCGCACCGGCCUCUUGAACCCUAGCCGUCCAAACUCCUCUUCUGGAGACGAGCCGCACAACAAUCCUGCCUUCCUCUCCGGUACCAUGGACGAUCAUGGCCUCCCUGAGCAUCUUCGCUCGCUACGCAUGUAUUUCCACAAUUACAGUGGUGAUGAAAUGCGUCACAUGAUCGAGGGUGUAGGCUGGGAGAAGGCGUUCAACAACGUAGUUGAAAAUGCUGCGGAGCUGCAGAAUCUGGAAAGAGACGACCCUGCUACGUUCCAGAUAUUCAAGGAGAGUCAGAUUGCGGCUCUGAAGAAUAGGAACCCGGACAUCUUUGGGCCUGGGGAGGUGCAUGAACGGAGGAGUGACGAAUUUGCCAUCGAGGACUAG